AUGCCUCGUAUUCUGUUUGUGAGCGGAUUCCAUCCGAACACGCGUGCCCGCGACCUUGCCUACGAAUUCGAGCGGUUUGGUCCCCUGGUGCGCUGCGAUGUCCCCGCGCCGCGUAACCCGCAUGCAAACUCAAAUCCUUACGCAUUUGUUGAGUUCCGAAGUCAGCGUGAUGCUGAAGAUGCCUAUUACGAUAUGCACGGGAGGCAUUUCGAGGGGUCGCGCCUGAGUAUCCAAUGGGCGAAGAACCCUCCGUCAUCCGUGUGGCGAUACGAGAGGAGGUCUCCGCCUCCCCGACGUGAUCGCGACCGCUCUCGUAGCCCCCGUCGUCGCAGCGACCGGGACAGAGGUGACCGAGAUCGCGACCGUGACCGUGACCGGGACAGGGACAGAGACAGGGAGCCUCGCGACCGCGACCGCGAUGAACGCGACAGAGAUGGCGACAGGGACAGAGACAGGAGGAGACGAAGCAGGUCCCCUGACAGGCGUCGUAGCCCUACACCGGAAAAGCGUCGGGAUGACCGAGCGAGGACCCCCCCUCCUCCUCCUGUGGAGGAGGCAAAAAAGGAUGAAGACAGAGCUAAAACUCCGCCUCGUGAUCACUAG